AUGAGCCACGCGGUCCCCGACCUCGACGCGAUCGGAAUCAAGGCUGAGCCCGAUCUCGCAGACUCGUUCCGUCGCGAAGUCGCGAACCUCCUCGGCCGAAAUAAUCUCAACUUCCCCGGUGCGCAACCUGUCAGCUUCUCGGCAAAACACCUGACGGAGCUGCAGAAAGAAGACUAUUUUGUCUGCGAAAAGACGGACGGAAUCCGCUGCUUGAUGUACUUUGCGCGCGGUGAUCCCGACUCCGACUCACCCGAGAUCCAUUACCUGAUCGACCGCAAGAACGACUAUCGUUUCGUUCCUGGCCUACACUUCCCGCUACCGGAUGACGAAACCUUCCAAUCUUAUCAUGUUGACACGCUGGUGGAUGGCGAAUUGGUCAAUGACACCUACGAGGACGGCACACAGCAGCUCAAGUACCUCGUCUUCGACUGCUUGGUGCUAGAUGGACAGAGCCUCAUGCAUCGUACCCUCGACAAGCGGCUCGCAUACUUCAAGGAGAAGGUACUUAGGCCAUACAAUGCGAUGUACCGCAAGUUCCCGGAAGAGAAACAACAUCGCGCCUUCGCCGUCGAAGACAAGUCUACACAGUUCAGCUACGGCAUCGAGAUGAUGUUCCGCGAUAUCAUCCCUAAAGUCAAGCGCAUUCACGGAAACGACGGUCUCAUUUUCACCUGUCGCAGCACACCCUACCGCAUUGGCACGGACGAACACAUCCUUAAAUGGAAACCACCCGCGGAGAACACGAUCGACUUCCGCAUGCGCCUGGAAUUCCCAGUCCUGGAACCAGAUAGCGACGACGAAGCCGACGGCGUCACCGAACCAUACCCAGAUUAUGACGCCAUCCCGAUCUGUCACCUUUUCACAAUGCUCAACAGUAACGAGUAUCGCCAUUUCGGCGAGAUGUACGUUACUCCCACAGAAUGGGACGAUUUGAAAGCCAUGCGCGUCCCGCUGGAUGAUUCAAUUGUUGAAUGCUACAAAGAUCCGCAGCAGCGCUGGCGAUUCUACCGUGUCCGUGACGAUAAGGCAGACGCGAACCACAUCUCAACGGUGGAAAAGGUUCUCGAGAGUAUCGAGGAUCGUGUCACCGAGGACGAUCUCAUUCGUCUUGCGCCUGCCAUCAAGGCCGCGUGGAAAAAGCGUCAAGCAAUGGGUUCCGAAGGGAAGCCCCGCGGUCCGCCACCUCCUGCUAAUGGGAAUGGUGUUAAGCGGAAAUUUGAAGAAUGA